CCUCGGGUCUCCGGUACACUGGAUAUAGGCAGAGACACCGCCGCAGGGUCCUGGGGGUCGCUCGCCAGCCUCUGCCCGGCACACAUGGACUUGAGCAUCUGGAAGACGGCGAGAGGCGCCACGUUCAGCUUCAGCAGGUCCACCAGGAUUCUGGCGAUAACAGACAAGGCCGGGGGGCGUGACGCCACGCGCAGCUUGAUGACGACAUUUCAGCGCCGGAUAGCCGAGUGGUGGUCUCAGUUCCUGACGCGAGCGACGCUAUGGACCCCACAGUGGUUUCCUAAGAUGACCAUUUUCAACUCUCCACAAGAGCGUGCUAUGGCGUUCCCUCACAUGCAACAGCCCAGCUUCCUACUGGCUAGCCUGAAAUCUGACUCUAUCAAUAAGCCCUUUGCACAGCGGUGUCAAGACUUGGUUAAAGUUAUCGAGGAUUUUCCAGCAAAGGAGCUGCACGCUAUCUUCCCAUGGCUGGUAGAGAGCAUUUUCGGCACCUUGGAUGGCAUCCUCGUCGGCUGGAAUCUCCGCUGCUUACAGGGACGCGUGAACCCUGUGGAGUACAGCAUUGCAAUGGAAUUUCUAGACCCUGGUGGCCCAAUGAUGAAAUUGGUUUAUAAACUUCAAGCUGAAGACUAUAAGUUUGAUUUUCCUGUUUCCUACCUGCCCGGCCCUGUGAAGGCAUCCAUCCAGGAGCGUGUGCUCCCUGACAGCCCUCUGUACCACAACAAGGUCCAGUUCCCCCCUACUGGAGGCCUCAGCCUGAACCUUGCCCUCAAUCCGUUUGAGUACUACAUGUUCUUCUUCGCCUUGAGCCUCAUCACUCAAAAGCCACUCCCUGGGGCCCUCCACAUUCGUACUUCAGACUGUGCCUAUUUCAUCCUGGUGGACAGGUACCUGUCAUGGUUCCUGCCCACAGAAGGCAGUGUGCUCCCCCCACUAUCCUCCAGUCCAGGGGGGCCCAGUCCCUCACCAGCUCCCAGGACGCCAGCUAUGCCUUUUGCUUCCUAUGGUCUCCACCAUACCAGCCUCCUGAAGCGACACAUCUCUCAUCAGACAUCUGUGAAUGCAGACCCUGCCUCCCACGAGAUCUGGAGGUCGGAAACUCUGCUACAGGUUUUUGUUGAAAUGUGGCUUCAUCAUUAUUCCUUGGAGAUGUACCAAAAAAUGCAGUCCCCUCAUGCCAAGCUGGAGGUUCUGCACUACCGACUCAGUGUCUCCAGCGCCCUCCACAGCCCUGCCCAACCCAGCCUCCAGGCCCUCCACGCCUACCAAGAGUCAUUCACGCCCACCGAGGAGCAUGUGCUGGUUGUGCGCCUGCUGCUCAAGCAUCUGCACGCCUUUUCCAACAGCCUGAAGCCCGAGCAGGUCUCUCCCUCCGCCCACUCCCACGCCACCAGUCCCCUGGAGGAAUUCAAACGGGCCGCCAUCCCGAGGUUUGUCCAGCAGAAGCUCUACCUCUUCCUGCAGCAUUGCUUUGGCCACUGGCCCCUGGACGCAUCAUUCAGAGCCGUCCUAGAGAUGUGGCUAAGCUACCUGCAGCCCUGGAGAUAUGCACCUGAGAAGCAGGCUCAGAGCAGUGACGGCCAGGCCCGCUGUGUGUCGGAGAGAUGGGCGCCCUUUGUGCAGGAGAACCUGCUCCUGUACACCAAGCUCUUCGUGGGCUUCCUGAGCCGUGCACUGCGCACCGACCUGGUCAGCCCCAAGAACGCGCUCAUGGUGUUCCGAGUGGCCAAAGUCUUUGCCCAACCCAACCUGGCUGAGAUGAUCCAGAAAGGUGAGCAGCUGUUCCUGGAGCCCGAACUUGUCAUCCCCCACCGCCAGCACCGACUCUUUACAGCUCCCACGUUCACUGGCAGCUUCCUGUCAUCAUGGCCACCAGCUGUCACCGACACUUCCUUCAAGGUGAAGAGCCACGUCUACAGCCUGGAGGGCCAGGACUGCAAGUACACCCCGAUGUUUGGGCCAGAAGUCCGGACACUGGUCUUGCGCCUGGCUCAGCUCAUCACGCAGGCCAAACAGACCGCCAAGUCCAUCUCUGACCAGUGUGGGGAGAGCACAGCUGGCCGCCCCUUUCUGUCGUGGCUGGGUUUCUACUCCUCGGAUACAAACAGCUCCUACCCAGCCAAUGACCUGGAUGAGAUGGGACAGGACAGUGUCCGCAAGACAGACGAGUACCUGGAGAAGGCCCUGGAGUACCUGUGCCAGAUGUUCCGACUCAAUGAGGCCCAGCUCACCCAGCUCACGCUCGCCUUGGGGACAACUCAGGAUGAGAAUGGAAAGAAACAGCUCCCAGACUGCAUCGUAGGUGAGGAUGGACUCAUCCUUACGCCCCUCGGCCGCUACCAGAUCAUCAACGGGCUGCGAAAGUUUGACAUCGAGUACCAGGGGGACUCAGAACUACAGCCCAUCCGGAGCUAUGAGAUCGCCAGCCUAGUCCGGUUGCUGUUCCGGCUGUCCUCCACCAUCAACCACAGGUUUGCAGGCCAGAUGGCAGCCUUGUGUUCCCGGGCCGAUUUCCUUGGCAGCUUUUGUCGCUACCACCUCAUGGAGCCUGGGCUGACCAGCAGGCACCUGCUGAGCCCUGUGGAGCAGGGGCGUUCGGUUGGCCGUGUCCGGGGCCCCAGGCUCAGCCUACGCUUCCUGGGUAGCUACCGGACACUGCUGUCGUUGCUGUUGGCCUUCUUUGUGGCCUCUUUGUUCUGCAUUGGGCCCCUGCCCUGUGCUCUGCUGCUCGUGCUGGGCUAUUUCCUCUACGCCAUGGCCAUGACACUGCUGACAGAGCGAGGCAAGCUGCACCAGCUCUGACUACAAGCAGGCCAGCACCUGUCUCCACACAAGCCAGCAGGAUUGCUACACAGCCCCUCCUGUGCACCUAAGAGGCCAGCUCCGAGCCUGAGCCCAGUCACCUUCGCACUUCUUAGGGGCAUUUUCCUGCAGAUUCAGAGCCAUCCGUAAGAGAACCUGAAACAAGAAGGGCAUGCAGUCCAGGCUUGGCCAGGAAGGGAGCAAUGUCAAAGGACCCAUGAGCUGCAAGGGGUGGGCCAACCCAGGGCCCAGCCACUGGGCCUCCUUCCUUCCCUCAAGCGAGGCCUGCAGUGAGAUGGUUCUUGGGGACUUUCUCUUCUUUAACUAUUUCAGGAUUUAGCCACGUGAAACCAAGGAGUCAGUGCUUCCUCCAGGAGGGCCCUGGUCUUUUGCCCUCACUAUCCUUGAGGUGGGCAUUGUAGUGUGUCUCCUUUUCCCAGGUGAUACCAGACCAGCAACUCAUCCUCUGGCUCCAAAGAAUCAAAGACCCUAAAAGAGAUUCCUGAGUAAAUUAGAUGAUGGUUCUCCUCUGAUUCCUAAUUUUAAAACUAAAUUUUGCCACCACACUUGGCAAAGCAAGGAUCAUUCUCCUUUGUAUACCCCCAACGAUGCCAAGUAUGGGCCAUAGAAUUCCACUUUGGCGGAGAGAAGAUCCUCUAGGAGCACAGGCGCUUGCUGGCCCCCUUCUGGCCCCCAAGCCAGCAAGUGCAUCAUUCAGUGGUGGUCCAUGUCACCACCAUAUCCGAGAGGACAAGCUCUCCUCUGCGUAGGGGAUAUGGCGGGGCCGCUGGGCCCAUCUUGCCAGCUUCUGGUCUACAACCAAAGAUGAUCAAAAGCAUUGUUUGUAUCUUCAAUAAAAUCAAGUGCUCAAAGACACAAUAA